AUGAGGUCUGGGCGCGUAUACAUGUAGACUGUAUUAGACGGCUUUAAUUCCGCUUUCAAAAUGCCGCUUAAUUACUGUGACGGUUCUCGUCUUUGCGCCCAAUGUAGAGUUGAAGAUUUAGAGGAGGUUAUCUACUUAAAGUAUGGAGAUUCCAGUAAGUUGCUUAGAAGUCAGCCAGUGCGUAGCUGUCUCCCACCAAGCUUGCUUUAUGUUGACCAGAGAGAAUUGGCUGUGACCACGGUGCAUGAUGAUGUGAUAAACACACUUGGUUCUGAUGAUGCAACAACGUGUCAUAUAGCUGUCUUGAGACACUCAGGAAGUGGUGCUACAGGGCUGUGUCACUUUGACAGUUGUGGAACAACGCAAGGAGUUCAAGAUCUGGUGGAUAAAGUGAGGGAACUCAGUCAAGACAUUGAUGGACGCCUGGAGCUUCACAUUGUUGGUGGCUUUAAGGAUGAUGAUGGAUCAUCAGAAAAACUAUCAAGAAAAUUACUGAGUGAAUUUCAUAAACUCUCUGUGGAUGUGUUUUUGCUGACAGCAUGCAUCUCUGAUUUGAACAAUGUUACAAAAAGUGGAGAGAAUUACCCAGCUAUUUGUGGCCUAGGUGUGUCUGUCAAGACAGGGGAAAUUUUCCCAGCAUCAUUUGCCUACAAAGGGCCAGACAAGCCUGUCCGAAGUCUCAGGCAUUUUAUAGGUGACAAAGACAUUAAGAACAUCUAUGAUCACACAGACCAUCGGCUUAGGAUCAGUCCUUAUAGCUACACACCCAAUGACUUUCCACAUGCAGCUCUCUUCUUGAGGCAGAGCGAUCAAACUAUUAGACAGUACAUGUCUACCUCGCCAGCAGUUGAACCCGAGCAUUUUGCUCAGCAGGUCAGAGCGGCAAUUACUUUCUUCUUGAGUAAUCCAUCAUCUGAGAUGGUCUUUCCUGGAGGAAGAAGUCACUUCUUUAAGAUGAGACAAGAUGGACACUGGCAACUAGACAAUCAGUAGGCACUGAGAAGAUGGUUGAUAAUAAACACAAAUGUCUUGGCACAAAGUAACUUUUGAUACGUUUGUUCUGCAUGUUUGUGUGACCGUGAUAAAUGAAAUUACGAUUAAAAUGUUUAAUCAGAAUAUAUUUGACGAGAUCUAAAUAGUUAUCUGCAAAGUUUUUUAAGAUCCUUCACAAGGAAAGGUUUUUUAAUAAUACUGUUGUAUUGAUUUUUUUCUCAAAGGGACAAAGAUUAUGCCAGAAGUUAAGAAAGCAAUCACUCCAAAGUAUCCAAGUGCGUGUAUUUUUUAUUUAUAACUGGAUUAAGUAUACUACAUGUAUAAUUAUUAGGAAAACUACACGAAAUAUUUUCUACCAAAUGUGGGCCAUUUUUAUUCGGUUUACAAAUGUAUUAUUUUUCAAUUGAUUGCUGUAGGAUUUUUACAGGACACAGUAUUCAGCCUUCAUUUACCUAGAAUUCCAAAAAGGAAGAUUUAUUUAAAAUUUGUGUGGAAAAAAGUUGAAGGGAAAGGAUUAUUCUUGACAGGUUAUGAAGUUGAUUCUCUUACCAAACUCCGUGUUUAAUAGGCACUCAUUAACGAUUUUAAGGUUUGUGUAACUACUUCCCAAUUCUUCUUCCCUUGUUCACUCUUUACUCUCAAUAAUUGCAUUAUUUUUAAGAUACAUCUUUGGAUAUUUACAAAAUUCCUUUUUUUUUACAGUUAGUACUUGGACUACAUUUUGAAUGUCCCCAAUUUCACACCAAACGUAG